GGCCGGCCCCACCGGUCCAACACUUCCUACCUUUCCCCCCCCUCACGGCCCUGUCCUCUCCUACGCCCACCUCGACCAUGCUCGACACCCUCUACAUAACACGACACGGGUUUCGUAUGCCAUGGCGAGGCAAUGAGGUGAAUCUCUCCCCAACGGGUCGACCACGCGAUCCCGUAUUGACUGCUCACGGGGUAGAUCAAGUCAAAUUGCUCGCUGAGCAUUUCAUGAGCUUGCCCGAGGAGCAAAGACCUCAAGGGAUUGUCAGUAGUCCGUACUACCGGUGUGUGCAGACUAGUGAGCCUACAAGCAAAGCAUUGGGACUGCCGAUCCAUAUUGAGCCGGGUCUGGCUGAAUGGUUCCCUCCUGUCGUGCCCUCGACUGGCCCACAUCCGAUCCCCAUGCGGGCCUCGACCGCUGCUCAAUACUCUGACCACGUAGCUCCUGCCUCCGAAUGGGCCCCGCUUGCGUACCCAUCACGACAGGGCGAGAGCAUCGAGGAGCUCCAUGCGCGGGCGAGAGGGGUGGUCAAGUUGAUCGAGAGGAGGUGUGAGGAGCGUGGUUGGAAGCGGGUGCUGCUGGUCAGUCAUGCUGCGACGAUCAUUGCGUUGGGUAGGGGUCUGCUGGAUCAUGGCGAGGGGAAUGAGGAGGCGGGGCCAUCAACACCAAAGACGGACUGGAGCACAGGCUCAGGCAGGGAAAUCGGAGCAGGCACAGCUGGGCUCAGCCUCUACGUGCGUCCAGACAGCCCUUGCCUCCCCCUCUCCUCAACGCACUAUACCACGUCCAGCCCCACUGCCGUCCUCCCACCUCAUCCCUCCUCAACCUGGCAACAACUGCUCAACGGCUGGUGUGGCCACCUCCCGAACGGCGUCGAGAGGGAGUGGACUUUUGCCGAUAUACCGGGCAAUGUCGAGGAGCCUGGAAUGGGCAAGGACGGCAAGUGGGUCGACGAGGAGAUGCCUGAUGGUGGUGAGGAGGGGAUGAAGCGGCUGGAGGAGGCGCCUUUCAGGAUUUUGAGGGAGGGUCGGGAGAGCAGGCGAGGAGGCGCAAGGCGGCCAGUGGAAGGGGAGAGAGCUACGAUGCCGCGGAUGGAGGGCGAGGCAGAGGCCCCAAGGUCCAAAUUCUGAUGCGCAAGGUGCCGUAAUGACAAGAGUCACGAGACAAGCAAGCUCGAUACCCAUUGAUCUCGAUUAAUAACAAAGCAUACACUUUCCCUCUUCCCAUGGCCUACUUCAUCGCCCCCACGAACGCCUGAAUCCUGGCCGUGUCCUUCCUCCCAUCCUCGCCUUCAACGCCUGAGCUGGUAUCAACAGCCAGCACCUGCACGCCC